AGUUGUUAAGUUGUGAUUUGUUGGUUGUAUGGGGCCCACCCAACACGUUAACCUGCCAACCUCUGACCGCUCACUACAUUGCUUUCCUGCAUCAUCAUCUUCUCCCAAACCACAAAUUCUCUCGUUUCCGAGCAACAAGCUUCAUGGGUUGGAGCAGCAAUCAUCAUCUUCAUCCUAAAUCCUCAAACUCUCGUGACUCCAGGCUCCGCCGCACAAAGCGCAAACUCUCGCAUAUCUUUUGUGGCGCUUUCCGUUCCAAGUCAACCCUUCCGGAGCUGGGAGAUGGCCCAGAGAUAACUUCAAUUAGCUAUGCUGAAAGCUUAGCUCCUGUUGAUGCUCAAAACUCGACCUUAGAAUCCUCUUCUGUUUUCAAGUCAGAAGCAGGGGACACAGUAUCCGUAUGUGAAAAUGGGGACUCAUCUGAAAGAAGCAGUAACACUGAUCCUGAAUCUGGUCCAUUCAAUGUUCAGUCGAGCAGAGAUCUCAAAACUCUUCCACAACAGCCUGCUCAAGAAUCGGUUUCUGGUAAUGCAACCAAUUGCAUUGCUGCAGUUAUUCAUGACCCCGAUACAAUAACUGAAGACACGGCUUCCAUUUGUCCAGUUCAUGAUCAGUCACAGGGGCUCACUGUUCCACAUGCGCAUUCAAAUGACAUUGUUGAAUAUAGCCGCAAUGCAGCUGUAGGUUACAAUAGUUCUGAUUCAAGGUCUCUUUCUAUCGUUUCUGAUUCUUUACCACGAUUUGAAUAUCCCGGAGAUGACCGUGCUCACGUGUCAACAACUUCUAGUUCAGGGUUUCUUGUGUCUGACAGUGACCAGAAUUUGAUAAAUGGAGAUCUUCUUCGCCUUGAUUUGGUUAGUAUCUCUUCCAACUCCUUAUCCGGUAGCAUUGCUGAAAUAAGUAGCCAUGAAACUAGAAGAAACAGUAUGAGGCUAUUUUGGGAUGCUUUAGCAAGACGCAGCUUAAGAAGGAACAUUGAUUCGCCAACAAUUGUUUUUGCAACUGGUCUGGCUGAUGACUUGGGUUCACAUGACAGAUGGCUUCUUGAUUUCAGUGGCGAUCUCCAUUACUAUGGAGCUGGUCGUGAUCUUGAUUCAUUCAGUUUAGGACGCCAUCACAGACAUGAAAGGAGAUGGCUAUUGAGAUCUGAGGUCUCAGAAACAAUUAGUGGUAUUGAUGGGGAUGACCAACAAACUGCAUUUUGUGCAUCUGGACUUCACCUGGAUGGUACAUGUUCAUGUGACUCAUUCUUUACAGCUGAAGAAUCAAGUAGUCUUGCAAGUAUUUCACGAAUAAUCCUGCUUGCUGAGGCCUUAUUUGAGGUUUUGGAUGAAAUUCAUCAUCAGUCUCUGUCACUUUCGCUAUCUACUCUCUCGCUUCCUGCUCCAGAAUCCGUCGUGGAUGCAUUUCCCAUCAAGUAUUACAAAAAACAUAAAAAUGUGGAAUGUGAUUCCACUGAUGUUCGACAGUGCUAUAUUUGCUUAGCCGACUACGAGGAAGGGGACAAAUUGAGAGUUCUUCCAUGUAAUCAUGAAUUCCACUCCCCGUGCAUCGAUAAAUGGCUGAAAGAAGUAAAUAGGGUAUGUCCAGUCUGCAGACACGAUGUCUGUGAGGGCCAUGGAGAAUGCUCCAUCUCAAACCCACAAGUAUAUUCGCGAUAAAAAUGCAACAGUAAAUGUAAAAAAACAUAGUAAGUUGCUACUUUUAUACCUUCAGGCUUCAGGGGCUAGCUUAAUAUGUUCUGUGACUUAAAUUUGUGGAAUAUGAAACUAUGCUGCUGCUGUGCAUAUUAUAGCCAUCUAUAUUUGUGUCAAA